UUUAGUAGACGUAGAAGAAGAAGGCUCCUGUUUCCAAGGAGACCACUGACACUACGGAGAGCCGAGCUGCUGGACGGCUGCAGACACUGUCAAGAUGUCAUUUUUAUUCGACUGGAUCUACAAGGGAUUUAGCAGUGUUUUACAAUUCUUAGGUUUGUACAAAAAGAGUGGGAAGUUGGUUUUCCUGGGUCUGGACAAUGCAGGGAAAACAACGCUGCUCCACAUGCUGAAAGAUGAUCGACUGGGUCAGCACGUGCCAACGCUGCAUCCAACAUCUGAGGAACUGACGAUUGGUGGCAUGACGUUUACCACAUUUGACCUGGGAGGACAUGUGCAAGCUCGGAGAGUCUGGAAGAACUACCUGCCAGCCGUGAAUGGAGUCGUCUUCCUGGUAGACUGUGCAGAUCAUGACAGACUCACAGAAUCCAAAACCGAGCUUGAUGCUCUCCUGUCAGACGAGACCAUAGUUAACGUCCCGGUGUUGGUUUUGGGUAAUAAAAUCGACCGUCCCGAGGCCAUCAGCGAGGGAGGACUGAGAGGAGCCUUCGCACUCGAUGGGCAAGUUACCGGAAAGGGCAACGUCUCCCUGAAGGAGCUGAACGCCCGCCCGCUGGAGAUUUUCAUGUGCAGCGUGUUGAAAAAGCAAGGCUACGGAGAAGGGUUCCGGUGGUUAUCGCAGUACAUCGACUGAAACGCCGGACUUCAACAUAACAACAAAACGCGUCCCUUUUUUGUCAGUAUUUAAAAGCCCGAACUUCAAGUGAAAUCAUGGAAAGACUAUCUUUUUUUUGUUUCAGAGAUUCUUCUAUGCAAAUCUUUAAAAGUGUUUACUGGUGAACUGUCCUAAAUGUGUUAUUAAUGUAGGAAUUAAAAGAGUUGCAUGGCUUGUUAAUUAGGUUACAUCAUACCUGAUUACAAUACAGCAGCAGUGCAUUAUGCAAGAACAUAGAUGUGUUUGCUUCAGUGUUGCAUUAUUAAUGACCUGAUAGACCAACUGUUUAGACUGGAAUUUAAUUUGUAAGUGAGUGAUGAAACUAAAGGCCUCUUGGUGACGACGGCGAAUAAUUAAACGCUUGUCUGACAUUGAAUUAAGACGGCCUGGUUCAGAUUUUCAUACAAUCAAGUAGACAAAUCAGUCAUUACACAAGAUUAAUCUCAGUUCCUUUAAUCUGAUGAGACACAGCCUCUGCCUUCAAAGCGUCGCCCCAAAAAACGUGUGCUAUUGCAAAGAAAGAAUUCUGGGAGCCGAGCAAUGAGCCAAAAUCACUUCAGUUCCCUCCUUCGAUUAAAAAAAAAACCAAAAAGGCAAACAAAGGAGAAUAUGACGGAGGUAAACGGAGUGGGAUUUAACAGCUCGCUGAUGAGUGUGCUGUGAGUAAUGUACCGCUCACUUUCAGUGUCUUGAUGAAAUUGGCUUAUUUAUUUUAGCUCUGAGAAUGACGUGUUUGCCUUCAUCACUUCGACACUUGCAUUGGAGGCAGCUAAACGUGAUCCGAGGGCCGGUCGGCUUCAGACGUCUUGCGUGGAAUCCAGAGACCAAACGUCCGUACAGAACUCGAGUGUCUUUCUGUAGUCCCUUUAUUGUCUCAUGAAACUAGUAAUAAUAAAUCCCCCUUAAAAUGCCAUGAAGCAAUAAAGUAGAAUAAGCAGAUGUACUGUAGCAGAGACACCCUUCAGAAACGUUAUGUGCUCUUUUUACGAGCGCUAAGCUCUGAAUCUGUCCUCAGAAGUCUGCUCAUCUUUUCCAUGAUGUGACUAUUAACUCACAACUGUGUGAAAUAUUCAGCUCUCAUUUUACCGCUUUGGAUUGGUUAUGGUUUUACUUGAAAGGAGUGCAGAUUAAAGACCAAUUCAGAGUGGGAACCAUUCAAAUAAGAGGCUGAAACUAAAUGCUAAUUUUGCUUCUUUCUUUUUGUUUUUUUUUUUUUAAUUUUCAUUUUGUUGUUGUAGUGCCUCAGCUUUGUACUGAUGUGUGAUUAGGACUUAGACUUGUCAGUGCUAACUGUCUUCAGUGCAUCAGGUUCCAGGUAAUGUACUUUUUGACUGUCGGACACGGGGGCGUCAAACUCAUUUCAGUUUACAUACAUUUUCAAAUUUACCAAGCCAGGAAAAAAAAAAAAGUAUUAUGUGCAACCCACACUGGACUAAUUAGAAAAAAACAGUCACUAUGAUUGAGUCAGAUUUGACCCCCUGGCGGACUGGCUUUGGCCCGCGGGCUUUAUGUUUGACACUCCCGGUCUAUAAAUGACAAGAGAGUGCAAGCCUGUUCUGGAAGUUACUGUUUCAGCUUUACUCUGGAAAAACACGCUCUGACCUGCGCUAAUUUAUUCCCUCAUUAUAAGAAGCUCAAAAUAGACCAUCAGGCAUGUAAACUUUGUACUUAAUGGACUGUUUCCUUGUUUACAGGGUGUUUGUUCACAUUAUAUAUAAAUUGUAGUAUGCAUGUAAACAAACCGCUUUUCCUUUGAACAGUGUUCUGUACCAGUUGUGAGCUCUUGUAAAUUAUGUAUAGUACAUAUGUAAAUGCUUGUACAGUGAACUGCCCUUGAGCUGACACCACAAAGCACUGGAGUUAUUUAUAACUGUAUAUUACUUGAAUUACCAUUUUCAGGAAUUAUGUGUGCAAAA